AUGGAUCAUCGACCUUGUUCUGUUCAGACAUCUUCAGCAGUACCCAACGUUCGUCCACCAGGAGCAAUUACUCUUCGCCCAAUCGUUGCAUCACAGAUUGAUAGGUACGGCAGGAAUAUCACUCAAAGUAAAAUUUUCCAUGUGUUCGAAGUUAGCCCAGGGCCAGACAAUUUUACGGAAUCAUCAACAAAAGUUGCCAACUGGUUGCAGCUUACUCACCCUGAGGGCGCCCGCUUCUUCUUUAACCCGCUUCAGAAAGUCUUCACUGAUCAGAAUAUUUUGGAGAAUAACCUUGCACUCGAGAUCCUCGCUGCAGCUGAGCAAGCGAAUCAAAUGGCGGCAGAGAGUGGCAAGGUUUGUGCGACAAUGGAGCUUGCUAUCGAGAAGCGCUCCGAAGGCGUCUUUGGGUACUAUUUUGUAGAUCAUGAUGCGCGGAUUAUCUUCUGGCCUGAGAUUGUCCAAUCCAGGGAGCUUAUGAUCCAUGUACGAGGUGUCACUGACAAAAGUCACAUUAGAUAUGCACUGGAGGCCCAAUACUGGAAACAUUGCACCUUGUUCCCGAACAUGCGUGCUCUUCCCGGACAGGCAGUCGAUUGUUUGCGAGAUAUCAUUACUUAUGCUCAUGCCGAAUCAAUCACGUCUCAAACAUCCCUUUCUCCCUUCGACCUGGAUGAGCUCUCACACAUGCUCAAUGUUGUUGAACACGCGAAAGGUCAGCUUCUCAGGAGUAUCGUCUUUGGGAUCCGUCUUGAUCAGAAGCAGAUAACAUCGGCAAAGUCAACGAACACUCUGUCUGUAUCGUCGCGUGGUGCCCGUCUUGAUGCUGAUCAAUCGCUGUAUGAUAGUAACAGCGAGAAGGAGCCCAAGCACAUCUUAGUUCGUAUUUUGAACGUUGCACUGUUCAACUCUCCGCACAUCCACAGCGAAUCCAUUCACAAUGUUUGGGUAGACAAUACUGUGGUCCAACCUAGGUGGAAGAAGUUCAUCAGCCAAUUAAAUGGCGAGUGGAGCAGCUUCACUGUGUUUUCAACUGUGAUGCUCGCUGUGGAUGUUAGUUUCCUCGCAGUACCUGGAGUAGAUAAUCCCACCACUCAGUCAAAACCAGCCGCAACGAUUGUUAUUUACCUGUCAACGCUUUGCGCAAUGGGUUCGCUCGUGAUUUCCCUUGUCCUGGCGGGUCAAUUUAGCGACAGUAGACGGAGCUCAGCUGGUAGUGUGGCCAAUUUCAUGGAUUCGAUGUCCAAAUCGCUCCUUGGCAUCGAAAGCCUCGCCUUUAUGCUCAGCCUGCCAUUUGCUCUCCUUAUCUGGGGAAUGAUUUUCUUCGCAAUCGGACUCUCGAUCCUCAUCUUUUAUACUACCGAUAUCGUUGCAUUGACUGUUGUCAUUCCCGUAUGGGCGGUUGUUGUCCUCCUCACGACGUGGCCAGUCUUUGCAGCUAAUAACCUCCACGUCUCUGCCGUUGCUAUGCGAGCCGUCAAGUCCUGGAAAGACAUCAUGAGGCACAUGGUCAUCAUACGAAGGCAAUGA